GCUGGAACGAAUACUUUCAACAGAGGACUUCUGAUGAAUAUUGGAUACGUCGAGGCAAUGAAAUCUGCAGAGUUCAGAUGUUUUGUUUUCCAUGACGUUGACCUCAUUCCCGAAGACGAUCGUAUCUACUACGGUUGUGGAAAUGGUCCACGUCACCUCUCAGCAGCCAUAGAUAAAUUCAACUAUAGGCUGCCCUAUCAAUCCAUUGCCGGUGGAGUCACUCAACUACGACGAAAUGAUGUUGAAAUAAUAAAUGGUUUCUCCAACUUAUACUUUGGUUGGGGUGGUGAAGAUGAUGACUUAUCUGUCAGAUUAAGGAAUGCCUCUUUGAAGAUACAAAGAUACAGUAUGACGAUUUCGCGCUACAAGAUGAUAAAACAUACCAAAGAAAAACACAAUAUGCCUAAUCCUAAAAGGAUUGCGUUGCUAGCCACUGCUACUAAGAGGAUGAAAACUGACGGGAUCAACAGUCUGAAAUAUAAAGUGUUAAAUAUAACAAGGGGGACGCUGUAUACUAAUAUCCAGGUCGAAAUAGACCAGAAAGAUUACGCAAUAUAG